AGAAGCGAAUCCCUGCCCUGCGUGUAUAAAUCAGAGAGCGCCUCCCUCUCAUUCAGCAGUUGUUGCAUCGACCCCGUUGGGUACAACACGCGACGCAAACCCCCCGCUUUUAAAAAAGCCUUUUUCUUCCUCUUCUUCUCCUCUCCCUCUUCGAACCUCAAACGAAAACAUGCGUGAGUGCAUCUCUAUCCACGUUGGUCAGGCCGGCGUCCAGAUCGGCAAUGCCUGCUGGGAGCUUUACUGCCUUGAACACGGCAUCCAGCCGGACGGACAGAUGCCCAGUGAUAAGACUCUUGGAGGAGGAGAUGAUUCCUUCAACACCUUCUUCAGUGAGACUGGAGCUGGAAAGCACGUCCCCAGAGCAGUCUUUGUGGACCUGGAGCCCACUGUCAUCGAUGAAGUGCGCACAGGAACCUACCGCCAGCUGUUCCACCCUGAGCAGCUGAUCACUGGUAAGGAGGAUGCUGCCAACAACUACGCCCGUGGACAUUACACCAUCGGCAAAGAGAUCAUCGACCUGGUGCUGGACAGGAUCCGCAAACUGGCUGACCAGUGCACCGGCCUUCAGGGCUUCCUGGUCUUCCACAGCUUCGGAGGUGGCACCGGUUCUGGUUUCACCUCCCUGCUGAUGGAGCGUCUGUCUGUCGACUACGGCAAGAAGUCCAAGCUGGAGUUCUCCAUCUACCCCGCUCCCCAGGUGUCCACCGCUGUGGUGGAGCCCUACAACUCCAUCCUGACCACCCACACCACCCUGGAGCACUCUGACUGUGCUUUCAUGGUUGACAAUGAGGCCAUUUAUGAUAUCUGCCGUAGAAACCUUGAUAUCGAUCGCCCCUCUUACACUAACCUGAACAGGUUGAUCAGUCAGAUCGUGUCCUCCAUCACUGCCUCCCUUCGUUUUGAUGGUGCCCUGAAUGUUGAUCUGACAGAGUUCCAGACCAACUUGGUGCCCUAUCCCCGUAUCCACUUCCCUCUGGCCACCUAUGCCCCUGUCAUCUCUGCUGAGAAGGCUUACCAUGAGCAGCUCUCAGUCGCUGAGAUCACCAACGCUUGCUUUGAGCCUGCAAACCAGAUGGUGAAAUGUGACCCUCGCCACGGCAAGUACAUGGCCUGUUGCCUGUUGUUCCGUGGUGAUGUGGUGCCCAAAGAUGUAAAUGCUGCCAUCGCCACCAUCAAGACCAAGCGCACCAUCCAGUUUGUGGACUGGUGCCCCACUGGUUUCAAGGUUGGCAUCAACUACCAGCCUCCCACUGUGGUUCCUGGUGGUGACCUGGCCAAGGUCCAGAGGGCUGUGUGCAUGCUGAGCAACACCACUGCCAUUGCAGAGGCCUGGGCUCGCCUGGACCACAAGUUUGACCUGAUGUACGCUAAGCGUGCCUUUGUUCACUGGUAUGUGGGUGAGGGUAUGGAGGAGGGAGAGUUCUCUGAGGCCAGAGAGGACAUGGCUGCUCUGGAGAAGGAUUAUGAGGAGGUGGGAGUUGACUCCAUUGAGGGCGAGGGAGAGGAGGAAGGAGAGGAGUAUUAAUUUAACAGGAAAUGAUUGAUUGCGAUGUGUUCUUGAACGCAUUCAGAAACAGAAAUGUUUGUCAAUUACCAGAUUUGGCUGUUCAGACUUAAAAAUAACUGAAAAUGUCAACUUUGGUUGUUUGAAAUAAAAUUCCUGUCACUUGUGA